GGCUUUCAAUAAUUAAGCGGAGCGCGAAACAUCGUAUCCGCUUUACUCUGGAUGAUAUUUGCAUAUUUUUUUUCAGGUAAAGCGAGAUGACGGCUCUGGGAUUUGCAAUUUUCUUUCUCGGAGUUUCCUUAAUAACUGUUGGGGCUGAAAUAUCCAAAUGCAAACUUGAUCUUGGUCUGUUGGUUGACACGACGAAAAGUAUCAAGUACGAAAACCUACCGAUAUUGAAGGAUGCGCUGCGGUAUCUGAUGAACCAGUUUGAUGUCUCACCCAAACGAACUCACGUAUCACUGCAAACGUUCGAUAGGAGAAGCACGCUUCACAACAAGUUUAACGACGACAAUUACCACAGCAACAAAGCCAUCAAUGAUUUGAUAACUAACAGUAUUACCAAGCUGGACCAACCUACCCGCCUUGACAUAGCACUUAAGACUGCCAAAGAGCUGAUGUUCACGGAGCAAAGUGGACAAAGACCUGGGGUCCGGAGUGCCAUGGUUCUGUACACCGAUGGAAGAUCGCAUCCUUCUACGGAGGACUUUUUCCUGGAAAUUGUAUCACUAAAGACGAGAGGCGUCCGCAUUAUCGUGGUUGGUAUUGGUCCAGACGCCCGCAAAAAUAAGUACAGACAAGUCCUGGAAUAUAUCGGAGGAACAAACUUGUUUUAUGUAGACGAUUAUGCCAGCCUUGAUAACGCAACCCAAGACAUCAAGAAGUUGAUUUGUCCACCAGAUCCUUGUGAAAACUCGAAGGGAAUGGACGUGGCAUUUAUAGUGGACAAGACCAAGAGUCUGGGUGUAGCGAACUUCUUGCUACUUAAGGGUUUUCUUCUUGAGCUCGUUGCUGCGAUGCACAUCGGCCCAAAUGCGACACACACGGCCAUAAUGACGUUUAGCAGGAAACCAAAAGUCUUGAGCACCUUUGCAGAAACAAAGUUCUACAGCAACGAGGCCGUUCAUCAGUUUAUUGCUGAAAUACCUGUUUUUCUUGGCGAUCGCACCUUCACUGACAAAGCUUUGAUGGCCGCUGCAAAUAAGCUCUUUAUUGAGAGGGCAGGAGACAGGCAGAAGUACCCAAAUGUUCUGAUUCUGUUAACGGAUGGAAGAACCAAUCCCAAAUCACAAAAGUUCUCUGAAAUAACUCCGAAGUUAAAGGAAAAAAAUGUUCGCAUUAUAGCCGUUGGGAUUGGCCAGUAUGAGGAUUUUCAAGGCCAGUUGGAAGAAAUUGCAGGAAACAAUGUUCACAAUGCAAGCAACUUUGAUGAGUUAUCGAAUUUGUUUAAUGAUAUCCUGGCUGAAACUUGCAGUGUGGAUGGUGGUUUUUCUGGCUGGAGUUUCUGGUCUGACUGUAGCCUGACUUGUGGUGGUGGAGUCCAAACAAGAACCAGAACCUGUACUUAUCCCCCUCCCCAGGGGUAUGGAGAAGACUGUGAUGGCCCCCUGCAGGACGACCAGGCUUGCAAUAAGUCCCCCUGUCCAGGAGAUGACGAGGGUCAGAUCGAAGCCUUCAAGCAUCCUUAACUGAAGAGGGACGUAGAGAAAUAAAGCAAAUAAGGUGUUGCUUAUGCAGUGAUCAAAAUGGGUUUGGAGCUAGACAAACAAUGAACACGGGACUCGUAUACGGCAGUUUCAAUGGAUGUAAAAUCAGUCUCAAAUCGUCUGCGGUGUAAUAAACACUUGGGCCAUAAAACGCAGUGUUUUUGUUGUCUUUCUUGGAACUCAUUUGUCUGCAUACUAUUUGAUAGGAGCGACAGAGAACGACUUUGAAAGCUGAAAUGACAAGUCACUUGAACUGAGAGAAAUCGUUCUUUGAACUGACAUAAAAGCGAGAAUCCAACCUGAUUCCCAGGGUCUCUGUUCUUCCCGUCCCUGUAGCGAGAGAGGGGGCGGAUAGAAGAGAGACCCUGGGUACGAGGUUGGCCAGAAUCCUGAUAAGUCAGAAACUGGAAUGGUGACAACGUAUGACGUACGCUGGGAUUGGUGGAUCCGAAGGAGACGCGGCCUUCACCAAAUCGCCUCAAAAUUAAGCCCGAAAUACCGAAAGUAUUCCUCUUUUUCCUAAACAACCCCGCCUCUCCUUGAUGGAACAAAAGGGGCCACCUUCUGUCCACCCACCCACCCCAACCUCGCUGUUUCUUGAGCAGGUAAGAGCCCCUCGUUCGUCCCCUCCGUCCCUCUUUAAACACCUCUGAAGUGAUCAUUGAACAAGAAUCCAUCUUUCAGUAGUCUUGCUGUGAAGGGCAUUGUUUAGCUGUAAUUCCAAUCAGAAUGUAGCAAAUGCUGACCAUAGCGUUGCCAGAGCAAAGCAAACGUUGUCUGUUUUAGAACAGUGAAUUUUUACAAGCAUCAUGUCACUACCACAGCAUGUAUGGGUUGGUCAAUUUGGACUGGAUGUAAUAGGUGUUCUGACCGCGC